GGCACUGAUCCGCGCCGGGCUCAAGGAGCUCGCGCAGUGAGCGAGGCCCGGAUUGUCGCCGGCGCGGCAGAGCCCGAAGACCGGAUCGAUAGCGGCCUCAGACCCCGCAAGCUCGACGACUUCGUCGGCCAGCGUGCAAUACGAGAAAACCUGCGGGUUUUCAUCACCGCCGCGGCCGAACGAGGCGAGGCCCUCGACCACGUGCUGUUCUACGGCCCGCCGGGCCUCGGCAAGACGACGCUGGCGCAGAUCGUCGCACGCGAGCUCGGCGUCGGUAUCCGCACGACCUCGGGCCCGGUCAUCGCGCGCGCCGGCGACCUGGCGGCGAUCCUGACGAACCUCAACGAACGCGACGUGCUGUUCAUCGACGAGAUCCACCGGCUCAACCCGGCGGUGGAAGAGAUCCUCUACCCGGCGAUGGAGGAUUCGCAGCUCGACCUGAUUAUCGGCGAGGGGCCGGGCGCCCGUUCGGUACGCAUCGAUCUGCCGCCCUUCACCCUGGUUGGUGCGACGACGCGCACCGGCCUCAUCACGACGCCCUUGCGCGAGCGCUUCGGCAUUCCGCUCAGGCUCGACUUUUACGAAGUCCCGGAGCUGGUCGAGAUCGUGACCCGCAAUGCGAGGCUUCUCGACGUGACGCUCAGCGCCGAUGGGGCGGCGGAGAUCGCCGCCCGCUCCCGCGGUACGCCGCGCAUCGCAGGCCGCCUGCUGCGCCGGGUGCGCGACUUUGCGGCGGUGGCCGAUGUCGAGUUGAUCGAUGCCGGCAUCGCAGACCGGGCGCUCAACCGGCUCGAGGUGGACCAGCGCGGUCUCGAUUCGAUGGAUCGGCGCUAUCUCGCCUGCAUCGCCGAGAACUAUGACGGUGGCCCGGUGGGAAUCGAGACCAUUGCGGCGGCGCUCUCCGAACAGCGCGACGGGUUGGAGGAGGUGAUCGAGCCCUUCCUGAUCCAGCAAGGCUUCGUGCAACGGACACCGCGUGGCCGGAUGCUGACCCGGCACGGCUUCGGUCAUCUGGGUCUGGCGCAGCCUGAGGAGGCACCGCGCCAACUCGCCCUGCUCGACGAAGGCCAUGGCAACCGUUGA